AGAUAACGUAAAUUGGAUAAUGAUCUCAAAUGGAGAACAACUUAAGAUUACUAUUCUGUAGUCUUUUCCUUUACCUUUUAUGUGAGUAUGCCUUUGGAGCCAAGAAGAAAAAGGAUCUAGAGACAAUUGUUGAGUACAAUCCUGCUACCUGUGAAUACAAAGCAUAUGAUGGUGACAUUGUGUCUGUUCACUAUACAGGUACACUGGAGAAUGGACAAAUGUUUGACUCAUCCCUAGCAAAAGGAAGAGAACCACUUGAGUUCCAGUUGGGCAAAGCUAAAGGGAAAGUUAUCAAAGCCACCUGUGUACUGAUUUUUACAACCGAGCUCAUGUCUAUUAGGAGGAAGUCGCUGUUUGAUCCAAAGUUACUUCUGAAAAUAGGAUUUUGGCUGGUCCUGGCUGGAGUGAUUUUGUACUAUCUGUAUAGAAAAGCAUCUAAAGAAUCUGGCAAGCCUGAUACAAAGUCGAGCAAGAAAGAUAAAAAGUAA